CAUGCGUCGGUCAGGUGGACCUGCGGGGCGGGUCAACAGACUGCGGGGUGGACGGUGGUCGCGGUGUUCUCUCAGGUCCCACCGAUCCGACCCCUGCCGUCGCUGCUGCCAUGACGGGGCUGGCGCUGCUCUACACCGGGAUCUUUGUGGCCUUCUGGGCCUGCAUGAUCGUCGUGGGAAUCUGCUACACCAUUUUUGACCUGGGCUUCCGCUUUGAUGUGGCAUGGUUCCUGACAGAAACUUCUCCCUUCAUGUGGUCGAAUCUGGGCAUUGGCCUAGCAAUUUCGCUGUCUGUGGUUGGAGCAGCCUGGGGCAUCUAUAUUACCGGCUCUUCCAUCAUUGGGGGUGGGGUGAAGGCCCCCAGAAUCAAGACCAAGAACUUGGUUAGCAUUAUCUUCUGUGAAGCUGUGGCCAUCUAUGGCAUCAUCAUGGCGAUUGUCAUUAGCAACAUGGCUGAGCCUUUCAGUGCUACUGACCCCAAGGCCAUUGGCCAUCGAAACUACCAUGCAGGCUACUCCAUGUUUGGGGCCGGCCUCACAGUUGGUCUUUCCAACCUCUUUUGUGGAGUCUGCGUGGGCAUCGUGGGCAGUGGGGCCGCCCUAGCUGAUGCACAGAACCCCAGCCUCUUUGUAAAGAUUCUCAUCGUGGAGAUCUUUGGCAGUGCCAUUGGCCUCUUUGGGGUCAUCGUCGCAAUCCUUCAGACCUCCAGAGUGAAGAUGGGUGACUAGAUGAUGUGAGGGUGGGGCCGUGCCCCACUGUUAUUUAUUGCUGGUUUUCCUGGGGCAGCUGGAGCUGUGUCCCUUAGCCUUUCCUGGGCUUGGUGUUCAGGGCCCUCCUGCACUCACCUAUUGCUGCCAGUUGACUUUGGAGGCAUUGCAGUCCAGACUGAACCCCAGUGUGGGGAGUGGGCUGCUGAUGGUGACUGUGUACAGCUGUGCACCUGUGUCCCUUACCCCCCAUCCAGCCCAUCUUCCUAGUGUCUGUGAAAUAAACUUGGUAUUUGUCCCGGUCA